AUGCCCUACAACUGCUCCCAAUGUGGUAAAUGCUUUAUCAAGCAUGGGAACUUUGUGAUACAUCAGAGAACUCACACCAGGUUGAAACCAUAUGAGUGUCCAGAGUGUGGGAAACGUUUCGCUAGGAUUCACACAGGAGAGAAAUGCUUUGAGUGCCCUGACUGUGGGAAGCGUUUCAAUCAGAAUUCCACCCUGGUGAACCACCAGAGGACACACACAGGAGAAAAACCUUUUCAGUGUCCCGAUUGUGGGAAAUGUUUCAAUCAGAAUUCCCACCUAGUGAUACACAAGAGGAUUCACACAGGAGAGAAACCCUUUGAAU